AAAAAAUAAAUUUUCUUUUUAUUUAUAAACAAAAACAACGAAAAAAAUGCCGCGAAAAAAAUUAAAAGGAAAUAAAAAGCGAAAUUCUGAAAGAAAGUCCGAUCAAUUAAGCAGUCCGAAGGCUUUUGGAGGUAAAGUGCUUAGUGAGUCAUCGUUAGCUCUCAAAAAUUGGCUUGAGGAUGUCUGUGUUAAUAUGGAAAAUGACGAUAUGGAAGAAUAUGAUGUUCCUGAAAUCGAUCAAAUGGAAAUUGAGGAUCUUGAGGAUGAGAAUAAUGAGUGUAACUUGAAGGAACUUGAGAAGCCCCUCACCUACCUCCUCCGCAAGCACCCCGACUCGCACAUCAAAAAGCUCAUAAAAAUCGAAUGUGAAUGGGAAAAGUGUCUGUACGAGACAAUUGACGACAAAGCCUACUUCCUUCAUGUCCACAAUCAUCUGUUGGAAGUAAAGAAUUCUCAAAUUUGUACCUGCAAGUGGAACCUUUGUCGAUUCGAGACGGAAAAUCGUGAGGAAUUUAUUCGACACUUGGACUAUCAUGCUUACCACACGAAGCUUAAAACUUUUGGAUUUGCACUUGUCAACAUCAUCAGCGUUCCCGUGUGUCAAGCUGACUCGAAAUUUCGCAAUGUCAUUCCGUCAAUUCCUGACAAUUACUUUUGUCAUUGGAACAACUGCAACGAGACUUACACGACAUUUUUGGACUUUAUACAGCAUGUGAAUCAUCACAUUAAUGACGACUUUCAGACUGGCUCGACGACAUGGAAGUUUUAUGAUCGUGUAAAGCUUCGGGAUAUUCCAGUGAAUUGCAAAUGGAGUGGCUGUGAAAAUAAGAAAUUACCAAAUAUUUUUGAGCUUAAGAGGCACUUGAAGACUCACACGAAUGAGAAAAUGGUUGGAUGCAUUAAUUGUGGACAUUUGUUUGCUAAUAAGCAGUUGUUUAUUAAUCAUUGUAUGCGGCAGGUUGUUGGACAGCGAACCUUCAAGUGCACGGAAUGCAUAAAAUUCUAUCCAUCUGAGAAGCUCCUUAAAGAUCACGCAAGAAGUCACGUCAACAAGUAUCAAUGCUCAAUUUGUGGACUAAGUUGUCAAAAGCAGUCUGUUCUGGCAAGACAUAUUCGGUACCGUCAUGUGAGCAACAAACCUUAUGCUUGUAAGAAAUGCAGCUAUAAAGGAACAACAAAGCGUGACUUGGACUCUCAUGCAAACAGCCACAAAACUGGUGACUUCUUCAAAUGUGACGUCUUUCAAUGCAACUACUCGUGCAGAACUUUAAUGGCAUUAAAGCGACAUGACGCAAGAGAACAUUUGGGACAGCCAGCAUUCUACAUUUGCCACAUUUAUGGAUGCAAUAAAAAGUUCCUUCGAGGCUAUUUGCUGACCAAGCACUUAAAAGCUGAUCAUGACUUUAUCAGUCCACCUGGACAUUCGAGAUUUAUUUAUAAGCAGGAUGAGGAUGGAUUUUAUAGACUGCAGACGAAGAGAGUUGAGAAUUUAAAGGAAACUAAAGUUGCUGUCAGUUCUCCGAGUGGAUUUAGUGGAACUAAAAUUUCUUAUGAAAUUUCCAGCAUUCAAAACUUGACGGAUUCUGUGAAUAUAGAUUUUAGAGUGAUUUCUCCAGAUGCUGAUGAGGAUAUUGUUGAGGCUGAUAAGAAGGACAUCAAUGACUUUGCUAUUGUUAAGAAUUAUAAUAAAUUAAUUGGGAAAAAAGUUAAAAAUUUGUAGAAAAGUUUCAAAAUUGGUGA